CCUAAGCCGUAUCCUCUAUAAAUUUUUGCAUGUCGAAUUCUAGAGGACGAUUUGCACCUUACAGAAAUGCCCUCACCGCGGUUUCUGGGAGGACAGGAACACCGCUACCUUCUCUCAUAAUUUCCUUCGCCAUCCUUCAUGAAUUAACUGCCAUCGUUCCCAUGGUGGGUAUUUUUUACACGGCACGCAGUCUAAACGCAGGUGAACGCGUCGUCAAUGCUGUUGCUCUCAAACGGGAUGGCUCUGUCAACGACCAGUCCUGGGUAAAUAUCCAGCUCAGAUCAUGGGUUGAUGAAGGCCAGCAAUGGGCUGGUCGUGUUGGACGUCGAUAUGGCAUCUUCGGCUUUGAGAAAGGCAAGAUUGUUGACCACACCCAGAUGAGCGAGUUGUCUGGUAAGCUAGCGGGGGACGUUGCUAAUGCGAUUCUGGCUUAUGGUGCAGUUAAGGCACUUUUACCUGUCCGCAUUGGCCUUUCGUUGUAUCUUUCUCCAAUGUUCUCUCGGACGGUUGUAGAGCCGAUUCGAUUGGGUGGCCUUCGUCUAUUAGGCCGCAGUCCGAAAUCUAUGUAAAAGGUUAUAAGCAGCACAUUCCUAUUAGUAAUGAGAAUACCCUUUUAUCACUUACACAAAAGUCGUCUUAUGCAAUGCUCAUUUCCUCCGAUGUGUUUGGACCAUAUUUUUUUCCCUCCCAGUCAAAUUGGCUCUUCAAAGACUUGUUCCACCUUUGGCGAUGCCUCAUUCCCUGGGGAGAGCGCUUCUAUCUCGUCCUAGUGUCUCGUGCUACAUGGGAUUCCAGUGGAGCACAUCUGGAUGAUUUAG